AUGAUUAAUUCAAGAUACUCAACUAAUACUUAUGAAGUUGUUCUUCGUCUUAAUGAUACAAAUCAAAAUCAAGUUCAACAUUUAACAUGGCAUUAUGAAAUGUUACAAAAUAGUGAUGAAGAAGAGAAAUCUAAAUUCGAACAAAUUUCUAUUAUUCCUAAACGAGAUGCUGAUCAAGAAUUAUUUCGUCUUUGUGUACCACAAUCUCGUUUUCUAUCUGAAUUAACAUGGAUUGAAGAAGAUAGUGAAAAAGAAUUAUUACCAUCAGAUAUCGUAGAAGUUCGUGUUCAUUGUGUUGGUAUUAAUUUUCGUGAUGUACUCAAAUCACGUAGUCUUUAUCCACAUACGCGUCCUUUUGCACAAUCUGAUGAAAAUCAACCAAAACUUGAUCGAGAUACAGAACCAGAUUCAGAUUUUGUUGGUACUAUUAUACGUGCAUGUCCUACAACAACUAAUUUUCAAGUUGGUGAUCAUGUUGUAGGUGUUACUGGUGAUGGUGCAUAUCAUUCUCAUAUUAUGAUUAAUUCACAACUUAUAAUACGUAUUCCAUCUGAUUCUCCUCUUACCGAUGAACAAUUAUGUGGUAUGCCAACUCCACUUUUAACAGUUAUCUAUUCUCUUAAAUAUCGUGUUCAUUUGCAAGCUGGUCAAACUGUUCUUAUUCAUGCUGCAACAGGUGCUGCAGGUCAAAUGUGUAUUCAAUAUUGUCAAUAUAUUGGUGCUCGUGUUAUUGCUACAGCUGGAACUGGAGAAAAACGAGAUUUUCUUCGUGAAUAUUAUGGUAUUGAACAUGUAUUUAAUAGUCGAGAUACUUCUUUCGUUAAUAAUAUACGUGAAAUUCUUCCACAAGGUGUUGAUGUUAUUGUUAAUUCAUUAUCAGGCAAUUUACUCAAAGAAUCAAUUAAAUUAUUAGAAUAUCACGAAGAAGCGAAUGAUUUAUUUGCUCAACGUAAAUUACGUGCUGUUGAACCAACAGUUAGUUAUGAACCAUCUCAAGUAAUAGAAGCAUUAUUAAGAUGUAAUAGUGGUCAAGUUAUGGUUGUAAGUGAUAAUACAAUGUUUCCAUCAGAAGUUUGUAAUCAAGGAACAAUUUUAAUAUCUGGUGGUUUUGGUGGUCUUGGUUUAACAAUGUCUCGAUGGAUGAUUGAACAACGAGGUGUUAAACAUAUUGCACUUAUGAGUCGUCGAACAUUAGUUCGACUUGAACAACCUUCAAAUCCACAAUAUGAUGAUUGGUUAAAAUUAAAACAAACAACAAAAGAAUAUAAUGCUCAUGUUGAUGUUGUUCAAGCAGAUGUAACAAAUUGUCAACAAGUUCAUGAUUUAAUUGAAAGAUUUCAAAAAACUUGUUCCCUCGACUGA